AUGGCCAACCUCAAUAUCCAAGAUUUGGAUAUCAAAUCUAACCAUAUCCCUCCUUUAAAUCUUGAAAGCAUACCAACGGACUCCAUGCAAGAAACCUACCAAAUCAUUACCCCUACUACCAAUCCCAUUACACAUAGUGAUAGACAAACCCCCACGGCGGUUGAAACCAUCUCAAGUUACAAUUCCUCUAUAUACAAUGCCCAGAAUCCCAUCUUCCCUGCGAAGGAGAACAAGACUAAUCCAAAUAGUAAGGCAACUGACCAAUCCCACAAUGGAAAACCAACAACAAAUCCCCCAUCAACCAGUACAACCCCAAAUAAUCUAUGUCCAACCUCCCCAAGCCCAGGAUUACCAACCACUCUCAUGGAUGGAGAUGGGGUUAAUGGGUCAUGCAGUGUCUUUCAACAUCCAAGUGAUUGGUCAGGAAACGAUAGUGAACCUCCACAACACUCAAUACCUUGCUCAACUAAUCUCGGAGGGAAUGGGUCUAGCAAUGAGCAACUACCUAAACCAAAUCUGGCUCAGCAACAUCCUUCAUCCCCUUGCUCCCUCAAUAAAUCCCAACCUAGUUCAAACAAUGAUCCAACAGUGAAACAUGCCUCCACACUUCAACCCUCUCCAACCCCAAAACAUUCUUCCAGAUCUCCCAUUUUUUCCCUCAGAGAUGCUAACUCAUCUCAACCCAAUAUUCAUGCCAUGGGACAUCAACCCCCGACCUCAGGAUCAACCUAUCAACCAGGCAGUGCCACAGGAAGCCCCUCAGCCACCCCAUGCAAUGCAGGAACAGGGCCAUGCAGAGGCAGAUAUGGAAGAAGAUCUAGAGGAACCCCUCAACCUAGCCUUAGAGCGAGUCCUAGAAUUCUCAAACUUAGACGGGGUAAAAGUGUUUCUAUUCAGGGAGUUGCAGGAGAAGAGGCACGUUCUCAACUGUCCCCUAGUACUCUACAAGUGUUCGAUGGAUAUAAGGCCACCUCAGGAUCCUACGGUGGGGAACAGGGCCAUGAUUCUAGUACCUACACUAAGGAGGAACCCUAUCUUUCUAGGGGGGUGAGGGAUAAUGGGGAGGCAGGGAACCAGCAACCAACUUAUCCAAUGAAUCACCCAACUAACAUUAUUAUAUGGAAUAUAAGGGGAGGAAACAAUGAUAACUUCCGUAGAAAUUUUAGAGAAAUGUUAGACACUCAUUGUCAUUGCAUGGUUGCUUUACUAGAGACUAGGUUGGUAAACCAUGAGAAUUGGCUAGAUGAGUUUGGUUUCUCUCAACUCAUUGAAGUUCCAGCUGAGGGGCAGUCAGGAGGAAUGGUUGUCAUGUGGAAGCAUGGGGUUGUUUCUGCUCAAAAUUUCACUCGUAGGAAUCAAGAAAUCCAUGCUACCAUUGAGGCUCUUCUCUUGAAUGCGGAGGAGUAG